AUGGCGCAACAAUCGCUGAUCUACAGUUUCGUUGCUCGCGGCACGGUGAUCCUCGUCGAGUUCACUGAUUUCAAAGGCAAUUUCACCUCAAUCGCUGCUCAGUGCCUCCAGAAGCUUCCGUCUUCCAACAACAAGUUCACCUACAACUGCGACGGCCACACCUUCAACUACCUUGUCGAAGAUGGAUUCACCUAUUGUGUUGUUGCGGUUGAUUCUGCUGGGAGGCAGAUUCCGAUGGCCUUUCUGGAAAGAGUAAAAGAAGAUUUUAACAAGAGAUAUGGUGGUGGAAAGGCUGCAACUGCUCAAGCAAACAGCUUGAAUAAAGAGUUUGGCUCUAAGCUGAAAGAGCAUAUGCAGUAUUGCAUGGAUCAUCCCGAUGAGAUUAGCAAGCUUGCUAAGGUGAAGGCACAAGUGUCAGAAGUUAAGGGUGUAAUGAUGGAAAACAUCGAGAAGGUUCUUGACCGUGGCGAGAAAAUUGAGCUUUUGGUGGACAAAACUGAAAAUCUUCGCUCACAGGCACAAGAUUUCAGAACAACGGGAACGCAGAUGAGAAGAAAGAUGUGGCUUCAGAACAUGAAGAUAAAACUCAUUGUUCUUGCCAUUAUCGUCGCGCUGAUUCUCAUCAUCGUGCUCUCAGUUUGCCAUGGCUUUAAGUGUUAAGCCCAGAAUAUGCAAAACCUCUGAGAUGUUUCUCACUCGGUACAUCGUACUGCUUUCUCUUUUAUUGUUCGAUCCUCAUUCUAAUGUUUCUGCUUGAAUUGGUUUUGUAUAGAUAGACAUAUAUGUAUGCUACUCAUUUGCUAUAUUGCUUGCAUCUGAUGACGUUGAUCCCUUGCGAACCAGUCAGUAUUUUGACAAGAGAUCCAAAAGUAUUAAAUGAUUUUGUUGACUGAA